AUGCCGUCAGCCAUCAUCCAGCCGACCGCAGCGCACACCGCAACCGUCAUCUUUGCUCAUGGUCUCGGCGACCAGGGAGAAAGUUGGCGUGCAGCGAUAAGCGGUGAUUACGACUACAGAAAACCCGGUGAACUGGCAAUCCCCGCCCGUCUUCCUCAUGUCAAAUGGAUCUUCCCAGAUGCGCCCGAACAAGCGGUCACAGCGAACUUCGGCGCCAAGAUGCCCUCAUGGUUUGAUAUAUUGAAUCUACCGCUUCAACCGGGACAGUACUUGAACAAAGUAUUUGAGGAUGAUGAGAGCGUGAAGAAAGGUGUCCAGAUCAUAGACGACUUGGUUCAAGCAGAAGUCAAGGCUGGAAUACCGGAAAGUCGCAUCGUAGUGGGCGGAUUCAGUCAAGGAGGAGCGCUGGCUUUGGUGACAGGGUUGGGUGGUAAAGACUGGAGAACGAAGAGUUUCGGGGAUGAAAGCAAGCUGGCUGGUGUGGUCGUGCUAAGCGGUUGGUUGCCACUCAGAGAGCAGUUCAAGUCGCGCGUUUCACCGCACGCCAAAUCUAUUCCGGUAUUAUGGGGACAUGGGACAGCAGAUGCGGUGAUAUAUCAUAAAGUGGGGGAGGCUUCAGUUGAAUUACUUCAAGAUCAGCUUGGUAUCGUGAAGCACAGUGCCCAUGACCAACUUGGCGGUCCUGGGAUCAACUUUCGGUCCUAUGAGCGUAUGGGCCACGCUUCAUGCAAGAAAGAGAUGGAUGAUCUGGCGACAUUUUUGGGAAGUGUCAUACCACAGCAGGUACGGUGA